UUUUAGUGCUGCCAAAUCAUUUAAAAUUUUUAGUUUAAAACCUUCUGGUUCUUAAAAAACAAAAAAAAAGGACCCAUUCCACGAUUUUAUCAUAUAAUUAAAUAAACCGCAAUCAGACAAUGCUGCGCAAGAAAGAGAAAGAUCUAGCCGAUGCGCUUACAGUAUAUGAUGUGGCUCCUUGGUAUCGCCAGUUGUCAGUCGAACAGCUUCGAGCGAUUGAAAUAUUACCCGAUGCGCUAAGAGAUGAUGACGAGCAGGGUACUACGUUUCGCGUACGUAAAUGCCUAACUGAUCUAGGAAUAGUCCCAUUAAUUGAUCGAAGGCCACUUAAGAAACUGAUAAUUCAUAGUCGAGGGGAUGAUAUUGCCUUUCUAUAUUUCUUGCUCGAAGGCUUCUAUAGAACGGGGACAGAAGCAGAGAUGGAAACAAAAACAAAAUACACAACCUACGAACAGAUCUUAAUGUCUAGCAUUCAACAUCUUGAUUUGGAACUGACUUUACGGGAGCUAGAUCGGAUUUUGCCACCAGGACACCUCAACAAACGCCAGAUGCGCCAAUUGCGGCAACGACGGGUGGAAAAGGCUAAGGAAGCCAGAGGGCGGGGCACAGUAAAGUUUCAUGUACCGGGCCGAAUGGAAAAUCUUCCCAGUGUGAUGCCAUACUUUUUGCGUCAUCCCAGACCACAAAAGCCCAAAAAGAAUAAAUUCAUAUGCAAGUAUCCAGACGUCAUUGCACACUUUCCCUUCUGGCCUGCACAUAAGCAACAGCAAUUUAAUAUCAAAAGAGAAAAACGCUGGUACGCCGAUUACAAGCUUCAACCGGUGCUCAGGUUGAUCAAGGAGGUCGUCAAUGGCGUUAUAGAUGACUACUGGCAUCAAAUGAAUUGUGGCACGAAGGUAGUAAACCACGACCAGUUAUGCGCCUAUCACACGUUUAUGCAGGAGCAGGAGCAAUUAAUAAAGGAUGAGAUGACUCUGAAGGCUCGCGAUCGUUGCAUCGAAAUGGUUGACGUAACCGGUCGACAGAGCAAGCAACGCCACUCUCGCAUUAUCGACCUAUUGGACAGGGAAAUCGAGGAAUAUACGCAACGAUGCCAGAAACUAAAGCAAAUGGAUUUCACAAACACAACUGUAAUGAAAAAUUGCGAGCUAUGCGCCAGUCGGGUACCCACCACCAUGCAGGAGGAUGAAGUCAAAUUUAUGAUUGAAGACACCGAUAUAGGACGCACCAAAUCUGCCACCUCGGGGCAAGUAGUUCGACUGAGCGAGCAGCGAACUCUGCGCUCAGUAGGUGGCGUUGAUGUCUUGGGAAAAGAUCCAGCGGAGGUAUUAAAGCAGAAGAAACUAAACGCAGCCUGUCCCAGUCAUCUAAAACAUCGCCCGAAACCAACGAAACCGAAGAAACGCAGAGUCUCUAUAUUGCCCGGCGAUCACGUGCAUGUAAAUAAUUCGAACUGCAGUUGCAAGAGGCGCGUGUCGAACACCCACAAGGCAGGCAAGCAAUGCUUCAUAGCCGCGCAGCUACAUAAACCCUAUCGAUUCCAAUAUCAGCACACUUUUCACGACGAGUACAGACCCCCCACAGUGGACUGCGUGAUUCGGCGCCAGGCCGUCCGGUCUUUGCGCAGCUCCAACUCAAAUUGUUGUAGCUGCACGUCGGCCAGCUUUAUCGAACGUUGUCCCCGCGCCAAGGUGGUCGAUGCCAUUGCGACCUGCGCAAAGAACAUGUGGAGCAAGUCCCUUCAAGCGUAUCAGCUGCUGACAAAGGACGAGAAGGUAACAAAGGGUGGCAAAGCGUGCAAGAACGACAAUGUAACCGAGGAGGGCUUGUUGCAAUACGACCAGACCUACUUUGAUGCCAACGAUAUAGAGCUGAUGGAUCGAAUGCUACAGGAUGGCUUGAGACUAUUGCGCCGCGACAAGCGCUUUGUGCUCGCCAGUUUUCCCAACGCCCACAAGCUUCAGGUGAUGCGCGAAUGGAUCAAGAGACGCUACGGCCAGCGUUAUACCCAAAAGAAUAUUGCGCAGUUCAUUAAGCGUGCACAAGCUAUGGUUAGUGCUAUCGUUGCAAUGCAAUCGACUCCACCGAAUUUACAAGCGCACGAUGUACCACUGGAACCAACCACCUACGGUAGGCACCAGGAGCUGAUGGUGAAGGCAGAAACGGUGAAGAAUAAUUACAAACGCCUCCUGAACAAUGAGUUGAUGCAGCACAUAUCCCACCUAUGGAAUGCCAUGAACUGCAUAUCCUGCAACAAUGCAGCUAUAAGAGAUGGCUUCUACGCCUAUCUGCCAGCCCGAAAUGUCGACGUCCUGCGCGUAUGUCCUUGGAAUGGAGAUUUCAGAAACAUAAAAACGUAUCGCGAGGAUCGGAUAGCUACAGAGCUUGCGAAACAGAGUGGUAAACCAAUUUAGGUCCAUCUUGAAAUUCUGGUUGUAGUUUUGUGUUUUAUUUUAUUGUACAAUUUUCGUUUUAUAACUAAAGAUUCAGUCAAUAAAUAAACAAAAAUUAUUCAAUUAAAA